AUGUUCCGUGAGACUGCCAGAUGACCGCAUUUCCCGAGACACAAGCAACAUGAAUGUGGAGCCCAUGACCAUUGAAGAGUUUUACAGGACGAGUGUUGUUAAUCAGUCACAAAAGACUACAAAUAUACUUUGAUAUCGUUGUGAUUAGGAUAUUAUUUAUAACGUUGUUUGUCCCUCUGCACCGUUUUCAUUCAAGUCCGUCGCCGGGGUCAGCUGAUACCAGGAACCAUGGAUGAGGAAGAGAAGUCUAACAAAAAGUGGGAUUCCGACCCAAAGAUCAUAGUCAUAGGAAGUGGCAUAUCAGGAAUAGCAGCCGGAGAGUACCUAUCAAGAAAGGGUUUCAAAAAUUUCAAAAUUCUUGAAGCGUCUAAUCGCACGGGAGGAAGAAUUUGGAGUGUAAAUGUUGGUGAAGAUGGACACAAGGCAGAACUUGGUGCCAACUGGAUCCAUGGGAUUGAGCGGAAUCCCAUCUAUCAGAUAGCAGACCAGAACCAUCUCCUGCAGCUCCGCAACAAAGACAAGAGUCUUCGUCGCAGAGACCUGUUCUACAGUGAGGACGGAGAGAUGAUCAACGAGAAGAUGGUCAAGGAAGUGGACUUCACCUACGGAAUGCUUAUCCAGCAGUGUGAGGACUACUUCCAAUCCAACAUGCCCACCCCGGAGGAGAAUGAUAGUGUGGGUGCAUUCCUGGAUCGUGAGUUUCAAGAAAAGCUCAACAAAUACUCCAAUGGAGACAGACUUGUGCGGGAAUCAAUAUUCAACCAGAGGACUUUGCUGGAGUGCUGCAUCAGUGGGUGUGACCGCUUGGAGGAAGUAUCGCUGGGAGAGUUUGGGUGUUAUGAAGAACUCCCUGGCAUCCAUUACACUAUUCCUCCUGGAUUUGAAACUGUGCUUGAAAUCCUCAAGAAAAAUAUCCCCAAAGAAAACAUCCUCCUCAACACCCCUGUAAAGACUGUGCAUUGGGACAUGCAGGAUAAGUCACGCGGGGAGGUGUGUGUUGAAUGUGAAAAUGGUGAAAAGUUCUAUGCAAAUCAUGUUAUUUCCACUGUGUCGCUAGGUGUACUAAAAGCAGCAUGUGAUAGGAUGUUCAACCCUUCUUUGACGGAGGAAAAGCUGCAUGCUAUUGACAAUCUAGGCUUUGGAAUAGUGGACAAGGUGAUUCUGGAGUUCGAUAAACCCAUUGUGGAUGACGAUGUCUUUAGGAUAGAGCUUCUCUGGGAUAAGUUAAAAGACCCAAUGCGAGAAUUACGGAAAACAUGGUACCGCAAAAUAUAUUCCUUCGAGGUGGUUCAUGAAAACAUUCUUGUGGAAAGUGACAACGAAUUAGGACGAAUAGAGACAAACAGAUUCUUUAUCAUGGGCUGGCUCUCCGGGAAGGAGGCACUCUUCAUGGAAUCCCUCACUGAGGAGGAAAUCGGGGAAGACUGUGUCAAUGCCCUGAAAAAGUUCCUCAAGAAAGAUGACAUUCCACCGCCCUAGCGAGUACUCAGAACGAGGUGGGGCAACAAUCCAUUUACCCGUGGCUCCUACAGCUUUGUUGCUGUCGGAUCCUGUCAGAGCGACUUGUAUGCUCUCAUGGAGCCACUACAAGCACCAGGCAUGGAUAAG